AUGGGGCGCCCCUUCAUGCAGUACCUCGACUGCCCGCGUGUCUACAGCUGCGCGAACUGCCGCGCCCACGCCGCUGACCACGACGACAUCAUAUCAAAGGCAUUUCAAGGACGCCACGGCAGGGCCUACCUCUUCAACAAAGUGCUGAACGUGACCCUAGGCCCGAAAGAGGAGAGGCUGCUGAUCACCGGCCUGCACACCGUGGCGGACAUUUACUGCACGUGCUGCAACGCCGUGCUGGGCUGGAAAUACGAACAGGCGUUCGACGAGUCUCAGAAGUACAAGGAGGGCAAAUUCAUCGUCGAGAAAGCCAAAGUCAUGAAGGUGGGGACAACAGCCCAGUGUCGGUUUGCCGAUGUUGGUUGGCAGCUCCCGUCCACUGACUCCUGCAGCAUAACAUUGCCGUUGCGCUUGUCGGUCAGAUGGUUUGAUGAGCACCCAACAAAAGAUGGGUUGCAAGCACAAAUUAAGACUUAG